GGCGGCAGCGGCAGAGCGGAGCUCCGCCGGCUCUGGCUGGGCUGGGGAUGCCCCCGGCGGCAAAGUUUGGUGCCCGGGCGGCCGCCGCCAUGGGGAGCUGAGCGCGCGGCGGCGGGGACCGCACCAUGGGCCCGGGCGGGCGGAGCGGGGCGGCUCGGGGGCUCCGCACAGCCGCCGCCCGCCUGCCCCUGCCCCUGCCCCUGCCCCUGCCCCUGCCCCUGCUCCUGGCAGCGCUGCUGUGCCGAGUGUCAGAGAGCCGAGCGGUCCUGGACAAUAUUCAGAGAUUUUCUUCGCUACCAACAUAUCUACCUGUGAGCUAUCAGAUCUUCAGUGCUGAGACAUCUUUUUUCCUUAAAGAAGCCAACCAGGAUUUCAUGAGAAACUCCAGUUUGCAAUCCCGGGUAGAAUCUUUCUUUCCAUAUAAAGCCAAGAGGCCACCUGUAUUAAAUGCCAGCUACGGGCCCUUUUCUGUUGAGCAAGUAGUGCCCCCAGAUCUCAUGUUAACCUCAACCUCUUUUGGCUCUACCAACAAGUUUACUUUUAACUGGAAACUUAAAGCCUACAUCAUGAGUGACAAAAUUUACUUGGCCAAGCCCAAAGUUCAAGUCCUCUUCUACAUCGUGGGCAGGGACUGGGAUGAUUACAGUACCACAGAGCGGCUGCCUUGCCUGCGGGUGUUUGCCUUUCGAGAGACCCGGGAAGUCAGAAGCAGCUGCAGGCUGAAGGGGGAUCUGGGAUUGUGCGUGGCAGAGCUGGAGCUUCUGCCGGCCUGGUUUAACCCUCCCACGGUGGUUGCCGGCCGCAAGAAAGCCACUGAUCCGUCUGUGGGAAGCACUGUGGAACUGUAUUACAUUAUCCAGCCCGGGGACGGGAAAGGGGAGUGCACCACUGAGGAUGUAAGAAAGGGGAAUGCCAUCCGACCAGGAAAGGAUGGCAUGGCUGAGACCACGUCUCACUUGCAGAGGAUUGGGUCUAUCAGCCUCUACCGAGGCCCAGAGAGUUCUCAGCUGACGGAGCUCAGGCUGGACGGCAAUGUGGUCAUCUGGCUGCCAUCGAAGCCUGUCAAGCAAGGAGAGGUGGUGAACAUUUAUGUGACGAUUGCUAACAAUUCUACGGUGGAUCACUUUAUACUGAGGGCUAAGGUGAAGAAGGGAGUAAAUAUUCUCAGCGCAAAGACAAGUGAUCCACGGCAAUGGGAUGUGAAGCAGGAGGUGGGGAAUGGCGGAAAACAUUCGACCACGACAGUUAUUUGUCAGAAGAUAGCACCAAGUUCAAGGAACAGAAGUAACAGUUUGUUCAACGAGGUCGUGCAGAUGAACUUUGAGAUAGCCAGUUUCAGCAGCCUCUCGGGAACCCAGCCGAUCACCUGGCAGGUGGAAUACCCGCGGAAGGGAAUGACAGACGUCGCCCUGUCCGAAAUCUUCAUCUGCCAGAAGGACCUGGUAGGAAUCGUUCCACUGGCCAUGGACACGGAAAUCCUGAACACUGCAAUUCUCACGGGGAAGACGGUCGCCGUGCCCAUUAAAGUGGUUUCCAUUGAGGAAAACAGUGCUGUGACCGACAUCUCUGAACUGGUGGAGUGCAAGUCCACGGAUGAGGAUGUCAUCAAGGUUUCUGACAGAUGCGACUAUGUUUUUGUCAAUGGCAAAGAAAUGAAAGGCAAGGUGAACGUGCUCGUGAACUUCACGUACCAGUACCUGAGCGCCCCCCUGCAAAUCACAGUCUGGGUCCCACGCCUGCCUCUUCAAAUAGACAUUUCAGACACGGAGCUGAGCCAGAUCAAAGGCUGGAGAGUCCCCAUUGUCUCCAAUAAGAGGCCCACACGAGAGAGUGACGACGAGGAUGAGGACGAGCGGAAGGGAAGAGGUUGCACGCUCCAGUACCAGCAUGCCACGGUGCGAGUCCUGACCCAGUUCGUAGCCGAAGACGCUAGCCCGUGGGGUCAGCUCAGCUACUUGCUGGGCCCCGACUGGCAAUUUGACAUAACAGACCUGGUGACCGACUUUAUGAAGUUAGAGGAGCCGCACAUCGCCAGACUGCAGGAAGGAAGGGUUCUGAUCGGACAGGAAGUGGGCAUGACGACGAUGCAGGUUUUGUCUCCUCUUUCUGACUCCAUUCUGGCAGAGAAGACAGUGACAGUGCUUGAUGACAAAGUGACUAUCACGGACCUGGGAGUCCAGCUGGUGGCUGGGCUGUCACUCUUCCUUCAGCCAAGUGCAGCCAGCAGCCGAGCUAUCGUUGCUACAGCCAUCGCCCAGGAGCUGCUUCAUACUCCUAAGCAGGAAGCUGUGGUGAGCACCUGGAUCCAGUUCAGCGACAGCUCCGUUACCCCACUAGACAUUUACGAUCCGAAGGACUUCUCCCUCUCGGCCGUCUCACUGGAUGAAUCCGUUGUUUCAAUCCAUCAGAGCACAGCCUUGAAGUGGCCAGUGGUGGCAGCAGAAGGUGAAGGGCAGGGGACGUUGAUCAAAGUAGACAUGAUGAUUUCUGAAGCCUGCCAGAAGUCCAAGAGAAAAAGCAUCCUGGCCGUGGGCAGUGGCAGCAUCAAGGUGAAGUUUGGCCAGAAUGAUGCCAACCCCAACACCGGCGGCGAUUAUGAUCCCGAUGAGAUUGAAAAUCACGCAAGCGACCGGCGUCAAAAGGUGUCAGAUCAAGAGCGGUACGGCCAGGACGGGAGAUAUUAUGGGAGCUCUUCUUCAGAGCGAGAGGAAAGUGCUAUCAGAAAAGUCAGCACCACAGCAAAAUCCAUGAUCAAAAACAAAGUAGUUAAAAACCGGCUGGAUGGAGGCAAACUCUCAGACGACGGCCAACUGCAGAACAUCCCUAUAGAUUUUACCAAUUUCCCUGCUCAAGUAGACCUCCCCAGAAGCAAUGGGGGCAUGGAGGAGGAUGACCUGGUGCAGACACCCAGAGGCCUUAGCGACUUGGAGAUCGGGAUGUAUGCCCUGCUGGGGGUCUUCUGCCUGGCGAUUUUAGUCUUCCUAAUAAACUGUGCAACAUUCGCACUGAAAUACCGGCACAAGCAGGUUCUGGUGGAAGGACAGACCACUAUGACCCACUCCCAUGACUGGGUCUGGCUCGGGAAUGAGGCGGAGCUACUGGAGAACACGGCAGAUAUGUCGCCUCAACCGGACGAGCACACCACUAUUAUCGACCGAGGGCUCGGUUACGAGGAAAGCAACCAUCUCCUCAAUGGUAGCACUCAAAAAAACAUUCAGACCCAGAUCCAUCGGUCUGCUGACUCAGGGGGCAAGCAUGGGAAGGAACAGAAAACUGAACCGCUGCAUUCCCCCACGUCCAAAAGAAAGCGGGUAAAAUUCACCACAUUCACCACCAUCCCACCCGAUGAUGGUUGUCCCACGGUCAACUCGAUCUUAAGUAACAAUGACGAUGAUAUUAAGUGGGUAUGUCAGGACAUGGACCUUGGGGACUCCAAAGAGAUAAGAAACUACAUGGAAAAGUUCAAAGACAAAGUGUAGCUCCUCUCUGGUUUCAUGGGUUUAACCACACCGUGAUGCCUUCAGUUCUACAGUCUAUAUUGGGACAGGAAGGUGGGCGGGGGAGGGAAUCCAGAGGAAAACACAUGCCAAGGCCAUUUCCAAAAUCAGGGAAGGAAAUCUGCCAAACUGUCCAUGAUUUUUCCCCCCCCAUGCGAUUGAUCUAUCAUUCAUAGAUUUAAGAAGGAAGUGGGAUAUAAGUAACAGAACAAGGAAAUGGAUUGACCAAUAUGACAAACUGGGCUAGGUGAGGUUGUAAAAAUCUAGUUUAUGGGUCAACACCAUAAUAAUAGCAGUAUUACAGAUGAGGUACAAAAAUAUUUGUAUAAAGAGACGGGGGGGCGGGAAAUAAAACAAUAAAAAAGAAGCAAAAAACCCCCUGGUUUCUAUUUGUAAUAAAACAUCAGAAAUAUUGAGGUGUGGCCCACAAAGAGAUGUUUUAAAGUCUUACCCAAGCAGUUGCUUUCUAUUUCUCCAUCUGAAAUGAAGACAUGCCCUUGGGAUUAAAUUAGGAGGAAGAAGAGAUUAUCUGAUAUUUGUAUUUCUACUUCUUUAUUUGCCCCCGUGCUGGAGCUGGACUGUUUUCCUCUUCAUACUUUAUUUUGAAUCAAGUCUUUUUUUAUUUGAAUCCAGUUCUUAAUGGACCAAGAAACAUUUUAUUCCUAAAUUGGCUUUAAAUACUCUUCCUUGUCACCGGAAGGACUCAGAGGAUGAGUUCCAGUAUAGCAUCUCCUCUAAAAGCAUGAUCCUCAACCAGUCCCCCUACGUAGACACUUAUUCUGCUGCAAAGAGAUUCUAAAUUUGCUUUCAGGUUUGGGCUAUUUGUAUUUCUAUCUUCUUCUUUUUCUUUUUUUUUAAAUAAAAUUUCCACAACCAAAGUUCCCAUGUUUCACCAGGGGAAGAAGGUGCUGGUCUAUGUUUGCAUUUAAAAAUAACAACCAAUGGGAAUGACCUUACCGUACAUAAAAGGUAGACUGUCCAAGGCCAAAUAGGUACCCUGAUUUUUAUUCUUUGCUGUCUCCAUAAAUUGAUAACUCACUCUGUAAUUGUUCUGCUCAUUGUUUGAGUAUCACCAGUUCUUGUCAGAUGGGAUGAAAGGCUGGGAACCGUGCUUACAAACAGAUUGUCCGAAAAAAAAUUGGUUUCUCUGUAUGGCGAGAGCUGGACUGUUAGGUUGAUAGUAUCAUUUUAAAGAGAUAAAAAUACAAAUGAACAGGGAUCGAGUAAUACCAGGCACUACUUUGUAUUUUUUAUCGUUGGACCAAUUCAUAGGGAACGGUCUAGGUUAGAUUGUAAAUCAGGUCUUUUUACUAAGAAAAUAUGAGUUCGGUCAUGCAUCUGAAGAAGAUCCUCAAAUCCAAACACACGCAAAUCCUCAAACAAAUACCAAACCACAGUCUGCCAAAACCAGUCGUGAUUUCAUGGAAGCCAUCACAUCUGUCCUUUUUGGAAAGCAGUGUUAUGUCUUGACUGUUAGCAGGGGGCAUUUGCAUUGUCUGACAACCCCUGUCUUGACCCAUUUACUCCAAUAUAUAUAUAUUUUUAUUACUAAACUCAGUAGGUUUCUUUUCCCCCCCCUUCUUUAUUUGGAGAAAAUGCACCCUGCCACUUGAUAACAUAGACGGGCGUUUUAACAAGAUAUGCCUAGUAUGCAUUGUAGACUGAAAGAAUGUAAUAUUUAUUUAUACAUGUUAUACAAAUUGUAAUUAAAAUGCUUUACAUGGCUUGACAAGUUAA